UAGAAAUAAGUAUUGGUUAGCAGGUACUGCGCUAGUUGCUGGAGCUGCUUUGGGUCCAUUUGCGCUUACUGGGAUAGCAGCAGCGAUAGGGUUUGGUGAAGCUGGUAUUGUUGCUGGAUCUAUAGCGGCAUGGAUUAUGUCGUUACAAGGUGGAGCUGUCGCUGCGGGUAGCCUUGUAGCGAUUUUACAAUCGGUUGUUGCAGCUGGUCUAGGUAUUGGGGGAUUUAUUGCUGCUAGUAUUGGAGGUGCUUAUUUUGGUGCUGCAAUUGCUAAA